UUUUCUGUGCGAUAUUUGAUCACCAAUCGAUCUUUUUAGAAAAUACCGCAGAACAUUUUUAUCAUCGGUGCUGCUGUGCAAGUCUUUCACCUGACAUUUCUUUUUCUCAGAGAUGGGUUUAUCUUUCUUUCUUUCAGAAAAAUAUUUGGACUUCAGGACUGGGCGCGUCCAUCUCAAAUUUAAAUUUCGGAGUAAAAACAACUAAAAUCGCAGCUGUGACAACAACCUUUCGAUACGUGUGCCGCUAACGCUAACAUAACGGUUUAGGCGGGCAUAAGGUCAUACUGUUCAAAUUUUCGUCACAUCAGGCCGCACGCAGAACUUCAAGCUCAGUUUUCACUUUAAGAAAGAUCAACCGGAAUGAAUUCAAGGCAGAGAAGGAAUGGCGCGCGCCUGCAACAACAUCAGCGUCGCGGCCGAGGGGCCAGGUGGCAACGGCGGCAAAGGUGGUAGACAUCGUCCACAUGCAGACGAGACUUUUGCAGAAAGCCCUGGAGUCGCAGGCCGUCCUGCAUCGUCCCCAGAGAUGGCCGCAACAGCAGCAGCAGCAGCAGCAGCAACAGCAACAGCAGCAGCAGCAGCAGCCGCAGCAAGUACACUCCCAGUACUGGGAGUACCAACAGGUAGACGUCGAGGAGCAGCAGCAGCAGCCGCAGCCGCAGCAAGAGUACUCCCAGUACUGGGAGUACCAACAGGUAGACGUCGAGGAGCAGCAGCAGCCGCAGCAAGAGUACUCCCAGUACUGGGAGUACCAACAGCAACAGCAGCAGCAGCAACAGCAGCAGGAGCAACAACAACCGCAGCAGCAACAGUACUCCCAGUACUGGGAGCACCAGGAGGAGCAGGUGCGAGAGGAGGUGAGCCGGCUCACCUUAGAUACAUUUUUUUUUUUAAUAAGACUGAAAAAUUUGAAUUAUUAUUUUUAUAAGCUCCAUUUCAAUUAUGUCGCUGCAUCCUCCGGAGUGGCCUAG